CAACAACAGCAUGGAUUCUAGAAGAUCUUGGAUCUUUUCCAGCCAUGAUUAAUACACAGGAAGCUGAGAUAGCUAGUCCAUCUACAUCAAGUAUUGGCCAAGGAGGACAAAACAAUUUACAACCUUCAUCCACACCAGAGACAUCUAGCUUAGAACGUGAAGAAGCACCACCACCUCGUCACAAUACUACUUCAGCAUCUGUUCAUCCUAUGACUAGAGCAAAAUUAGGGAAGCAUACAGGACAUGUUCAAAUUGUGUUUCCAAAAUCCACUCAUCUAGAUGUAAAGAAUGCUUUUCUCCAUGGCAACCUCAAGGAAGAAGUGUACAUGUGCCAACCACCUAGCUUUGAAGAUCUGAUUCAUCCUAACUAUGACACUGUACUACUUUUAUUAUAUGUGGAUGACAAUGUCCUCAUAGCCAGCUCAUUGACAUUACUACAAGAAGUUAUCAACAAUUUGAGUAGCAAGUUUGCCCUUAAGGACCUCGGAUCUCUCAACUACUUUCUAGGUAUUGAAGUUACCAAGUUCCUAGGGGGCAUUUUUCUAUCACAAGCUAAAUAUGCCAAAGAUGUUCUUACUCGAGCUUCCAUGCUUGAAGCUGCAACUAUUACUACCCCAUUGGUAGCUAAAGACAUAGUUACUUCACAAGACAAUGAUCCCAUGGAUACACAAGAGUGAUAGGAAAAUUGUUGGGGCCUUUCAAUAUUUGACAAUUACUAGAAUUGACAUAUGUCAUGAUGUUAAUAGAGUUUGCCAGUUCAU